AUGCGAGAAUUCCUCCAAGGGUUGCUGGCCAACACUAUCGCUUCAAGCCAGAAGAAAGUUGAGGACGAUACCGAUUUCUUUCUGCUGGGUCUCGACUCGCUGCAAGCAAUCCAGAUGCGUAGUGAGAUCCUCAAGUCCGUAGAGCUUGGGGGUAGACAUCUGGGCCAGAACAUCGACGCGGCGUCGACCGCAGUCGAAAAGGAGAUGCAGGCGUUGAUCAACAAGUACGGGGACAUCAGUGCAACAACAGCGUCUGCAGUCGUCGUUACUGGCGCAGCGGGUUCUCUCGGAGCCUACGACGUCAGCAAGCUUGCCUCUAACCCAGACAUUGCCACCACCCUCUGCCUUGUCCGCGCACCCACCAAGUCCCAGGCUCUCUUCGCGUAA